AGCACUUUGAUGCCCAGUAACGAGUACUGCCUUAACUCUGUCUCAGUUUCGUAUAACUACAUCACUUUUACCGGAGAAGGAUACGGCACAUAUUACGGACCCAAAUGUUUGAAUUCUUUACGGACUAUCUCGACAUAUGCGUCUGGAAAGACACUUUGCACAGAUCAAGAGAUCCAGAUCGGCUUCGAAAAGAUUCGCAGAGAUUGCGACCAGGAUGGGUUGGAGUUUUUGGACUGGCGUGAAGUUGUCGCCAACAUCACAGACGACGAUAUCACUCAGAUGAGAGUCAUCGAAUUCGAUGAGAUACCUGCUGGUGCAAAUGUUACCCAGCCUAUCAGACUUUCCAAAUCAUUCUUCCAGCGGGUUGGGGAUAUUCUUUAUGAGAUGAACUGGCACCAUCAAUCAGGGUUCGCCCUCUAUGCAUUCUGGGGUGUCAUUCUGAGUGUCGCAUCAAUCGUUCGUCUUCUCAAUAUUAAUAACAGAACAUUCAAUCCACUCGACAUGCAGUCAGGCAGGAUGGCACGACUGGUCCAAUCGACAUGGAUCUGGAUACGGGUAAAUUUGGUCAUUGCACCAGCUUUCGGUUCGCACCAUCAGCGUUUGCUGUACUGGUGUACUAUCCCGACACGUAUGGAAACCGUGGUCGUGGCAGCUUUUUAUUCGUUUACGACAUAUCUGUCANNCUGGGAUGAUAAAUCUCAACAACUUUGGCGAUACGUCGCUGAUCGCACAGGCAUUAUGGCUUACGCUGCUCUUCCUUGGAUAUGGAUAUUCGCUGGCAGAAACAAUGUCUUCAUGUGGGCUACUGGUCUUUCAUAUCAAGCUUUCAACAUUUAUCACCGACAUAUUGCCCGAGCUGGUACAAUACUGGCCAUCAUACAUUCGGUUGCAUAUACUUGGCUGUUUGUCGAGUUUGAAGGAUGGAGCAUGUUCAGAAGAGAGUUCACUCAGCUCUGGCUCCUACUUGGUGUUGUGCCUUUUACUGCUGUUCUCCGUGUCGUGGCUUCGUAUCAAGUUCUACGAGUUCUUCCUAGUCCUUCACAUCGCACUCUCGGUGAUUACUCUAAUCUGCACCUUGCUGUGUUGCCUAUCUCCCGUGCUUACUUGCAUAGACACACUUCUAUCUUCGAUGCGAGAUAUGAUGCAUACUUAUGGCCGAUCGUGAUCGUAUGGGUGCUAGAUCGUACGCUUCGACUGUUGCGCCUCAUAUCUUGCAAUCUUCAUGUCCGUUUUGGCAAGCAAGUCAUUCAUCGUACACAAUCGACUGCUUCAUACAGCAAGGAUUCUGAUGUGGUUAGACUCGACGUAAGGACGAGAUCGCUUCUUACUCGACCUGCCGCUGGACAAUUUUACUAUCUCUACCAGCCUACCACAUGGCAAGGCUAUGAGAAUCAUCCUUUCACACUAGGAGCUUGGUCUUCGGAGUCUACUGUGUUGGGCGGUGCUAGCAGCUCUCUCCUGCAACAUGCCGAUACACAGGACGAGUUUGGUGAAGAUGAUUGUGGUCAGAAGUACCAAUCUACUACCCAAACUCUGACCUUCUGGAUCCGUCCCUACGAUGGCUGGACAAAACGUUUACGAGAUGAGUGUCUCAGAUCGCCUACGCGAACCACAAAUCCGUCAAUUCUCCUCGAGGGCCCCUAUGGGCAUCAUUGCCCGAUAUCGUCUUUCAACUCGGUGGUGCUGAUCGCAGGCGGCACUGGUAUCGCAUCGGCAGUACCAUAUAUUCUGGAACACAUGUCACUGUCCAAAGCAGGUAAGACCAACACUACACAGUUACAUCUGCUCUGGACGGCGCGCCAAGCGUCUUUCAUCCAAGAAGUCUUUGCUCGGGAAUUGCACAGUGCAGCACAAAGAGAAGAUUUCUCAGCCGAUCUGUUCUUCACACGACAAAGUGAAGGACCAAAACAUGGAGAGGAGGAGCUCAGAGAUGACUUUAGUGCUUCGGUGAUGCCAGAGCUGCAAUACGGACGACCAGAUAUUGUAGCUACGAUUGCUAAAGCUGCAGCAAGAGCGGAAAUGACGGGGACGAAGGUGGCAGUUCUGGUGUGUGGACCACCUGCCAUGGCUGAUGAAGCCAGACUCGCUGUCCAUCGUUCUCUGAAACGCGGAUGUCAUAAUGUGGAAUAUUUUGAAGAGUCAUUCGGGUGGUAG